AUGAUUGAGUCACUCACCGUGUUGACGUUCAACGUCCGAUCGAUGAAGAACGCAGUCAACCAAGUCAAAAUCAUCCGUUAUCUCAAAACCCUUCGGCCGGCCCCUGCGGCCAUCCUCCUGCAAGAGCACCACCUCAGCUACAACGCGUCGCGCGAAGGCUUCGAGAGUGCUUGGCCGGGGGCUUGUAUUCGUUUCACUCCUCAUGUCCUUACCCUCAUACCCGAUGGCUCACCUUUGGCGGGCCAUCUCCUUUCCUCUACCCCGGUCGUCUUUGCAGGAGCUCCUCGUUUCGACGGUCGGAUUCUGCGCUCGGUGUUUCGUCUUGAGGAGCUCGAUGUCGAGAUCAUCAACAUGUACGCGCCGGUGCAGGAGGACGAUCGUCGCGACUUUUUCGGGCUUCUGCACUUCAACGCCCCGAGACCCAAGACUCUUCGGAUCUUGGCCGGCGAUCUCAACGAUUGUCCGGAUGUAUCGGUCGACCGAGUGUCCAUCACCGAUCGCGCUUGGACUCCUGUAUCGCACUGGCAGACCUUGCUGUCAAAGAUCGCGUUCAAGGCACUCGACACGGUCCGACAUGUCCAUUCUUGCACCCCUGCAUUCACUCGUCCUCACUACCGUGGUAGAGGGGAAGAGCGAAAGAUUUGCUCGUGGUCGCGGAUCGACUAUAUUCUUGUCCAAUGCAGUUGGGCGAACCGGUUGUUGAGCGCUUCUACGCUCUUCGAUGCGCCCUGUUCGGACCACAGACCUGUAGUUGCGACUUUCGCUUUGCCUACAUCGAACGCUGAUGCCGAACCCCCCCUUUCUCUUCCCUCCACGAGCGAUUUCAUUUCGAGGCUCAACCCAAUGGUCUUUGACGAUCAAGACUUUGUCACAUCGAUUCCCGGGGUCGUCGACGAGGUCUAUCGAAGGCUCGAGGGGACCGCUCCGCUCGGCGACGUCUAUGACGCCGCUCUGCGGGCGGUUGCAGUCGCUGGCCAUGCACGAUACCGCUCGACUCGUGCCGACAUGCGCCGACUGCGGGCCGAGAGCCAAUCCGUCAUGGAGGCUUUGGAGGCACGCGGUGAGCACAUGAAUGAGGCCGAGCGCGAUGUGUAUGCUCUUGCCAAGUCGCGGUUGGACCAGUUGGCGGUAAAGGAGGCUCAGUGGCUGCGCAUUCGUGCGCAUGUGCCGUCAGUCGACUCGAGGGAAGGUCAAUCGGCAAGCAUUCGCACGCGCCUCAACCGCCGGAGUCGCCAGACGAGCAUCGUCUCGCUGGAGGAUGUGGAUGGUAUUCGAUCAACUCUACUACGUCAGCGAUGUAGUUAUAGCCAAGAGUGA